CGGCGGAUCUUUUGACAGCAGGGGGCAGGGCUGACCCGCGGGCUUUACCAUGUCUGUCCCUCCCCAGUCCGCCCGGCCAGUGAGCGGCUCAGACGAGCGAUCAGCCUGUAAUCUAGGUGCUCGUCGGGCUGCGAUAGCGGGGAUUAUCAUCGGGGGUUUAGCUACAGGCGCGUUGCUGUGUGGCUCGAGCAGAAACCAUUGCCAUGCAAGCUGUGCAUCUCUGCCUCUUCUGCAUCCUCCUCGCUGCCCACAGCGAGGCGCUGAAGUGCUACACCUGCGUGGGCUCCACUGAAGAGGAGUGUAACCGGCAGGGCUCCAGGUCAUGUCCUGGCUACUCGGACGCCUGCGCCAUCAUCCGGGGAACCAGUAGCAGCGUGAUGAAGACCUGCUCCUAUAAAACCUUCUGCAACCAGGCUAUCAGCCAUGGCUACCGAGCACCUGAGGUCAAAGUUCACUGCUGUUUCACCGACGACUGCAAUGCUGUGGGCGGGGCCUCCAUGCUCAUGGGCGGGGCCUGUUAUCUGCUUGUCCUUUUGCCUGUCUUGUUCUUUCUGCUACAAGUCUGACAUCGCCAAGCUCUUCUGACACGUCCCUCAACCUCCACAAACACCCCCUCUUGGCAAAUCAUCCCAUUUCCAUAUAAUAACAGCUAAUCUCCUCAGAUACUCCCAAAUAGCCUAACACAACCUCCUAACACACGAAGUGUUCCAGUAAACCCUGGCAGCCAUCCGCAAAUACGCCUCACACCACAAUAUUCCUCACAUUUACCCUGAAGGUCUCCUGGUGAAAUAUCUCCUGCAAACCCCCUUGUGCCCCUCUCACUCGUGCAUCUGACAGACCACCGAGCUCUUCUAAAAGCAGUUCACGUCCCUCCCACCACGUCUGGCUCCCCCAGAGAUCUCGUGCUCUCCUCUAAAUACUCUAUAAUUACUCUAAUUGCCCCUCAUUGCGAGGCCAGACACCCUGUCACCUAACCAAAACAAGCCACGCUACCUCUAUGCACUGACGGAGACCUUUUUCAAAAUACCAAAAUCACCCCCUAAGCCAUAUGCCCCAGUGAUGCACUUACCCCUAUAUCACAACUUUAUUUAUAUCUUACACAAACUGCCUCUUAAACCCGCCUCCCCAUGGAGAAACCAGUCACACAACCAUAGUGGCUUAUGUCUGACCAUUAUCUGACCCCCUGCCCCGCCCUCUCUCCAACCCAAAGGGAUCCUUCAGCCAAUAGUGAGAGGGGAACAUGGCAGAGUGAGCUGUCAUUGGUUAAUUUUGAAGAGAGGCACCUUCAGAAAUGAGUGCAGGCGUAAUUAUGUGAUGCCUAUCCCACCCGCCUAUUUACCUUACUUGAAUAGGAACCGUACCGCCUCCCUAACUGUAAGCUGCUUGGAGAUUAAAUGACCUCUUUUGCCACAUUGCCAAGCUGUCAGGCUCUCAGACAUAGACCGCUGCCAUGCGUAGCGGCCCUAGUUAAUCCCGCUCGACUGAAGCACUUCAAAGCUUUUCUGAUGCCUGUCCAGCAAUCGGGGGCUGGAGCAAAUACUGAACAAGCCACGGAGAAUAAAUGCAGACACACGGAAACACACACGUCACUAUCUUUUUGGAGACAUGCCACUGACCAAAUGUACUUAAUAAUGCAUGACUCUAUGCUAACAAAACCCAAAAUAUGGUUGAAGACGUAACAUAAAAAACUAAUAUCCCAAAAAACUCCACAUUACGUCCAAAGUCCAUAAUUCAGUAUUCAUGCCACUUUUCUUCUAAAACGUACACAUCCAAAGACACCAGAGAAAACGCAUGUCCGCACGUGAAGAUCCACUCCAACACACCGUCGCUGCAUGUGUGAAUACAAAAAAAAAAAAAAAAACAUCUAAAGCCAUUACUGGCCGUCCUAGAAGAUGCAGCAUGCAUUGCACAAGGAAAGACCUCAUUAAUCAGUACUACGGAAUUCAUUUACCUCCAUGUUGUAAAUAUUAAACCAUUAAAAUUGUUUGUUCUAUCUA